UUCAACUUUAUGACCAGCCACCUCGAAUUUAGAACCACUGGGGUGAUAAGAAAGGGCACGCCAUUUGUGACGCGGUGUGCGAUAGCGGAAAAUGCAACGAUUACAGCCGCGCGAGGUUUUAGUUACACGGUGACCGUCAGUGCGCGAACACAAGUGCUUCCAGCUUGGUUACGAGCACGUUUACGAUCGACAACCUAGUCUGUUUUUUUGUUAUUUAUCGUUUUUAAGCACUACGCCAACACGCUUUUCAAGUGCAACGGUGCAUCAAAGUGACCUUCCUGUUCUUCCCUCUUGAUUGAAAGUGAAGAAUGGCGUUACGAUUGUUCCGGCAUCACCAACACCAACGUGCGAGCUGGCACAGGCAAGGGUUUAGGAUUCUUCAAUCGUUUCGCACACAAUCAACCGUUGCCAUUGGAACGCAUGAGAAACAGCAAAGUUACAUUCAUCACAUUGGCAGUAAACCUCUGGUACACCGGAACGUAGGUCAACAUCUUCGCCUGGCAGCGGAACGAUUCCCAAACAAUGAAGCCAUCGUAUCGUGUCACGAAGCUGGCACAAGGCUUACAUAUGCCGCCGUCCUAGACAUGGUAGAUCGUCUGGCGGCUUCCUUCUAUCAGCUCGGUCUGCGGCAGGGUGAUCGUGUAGGAAUCUGGGCACCGAAUGGGAUGCUGUUCUAUCUAACCAACCUGGCGACGGCACGUGCCGGUAUGAUUUCGGUCGGGAUCAAUCCUGCCUACCAAGUGCCGGAGCUGGAGUAUGCCCUCAAAAAGGUUGGCAUCAAAGCGCUCGUUGCUGCGGAAGGUUAUCGCCAACAGAAUUACUACGGCAUGGUGUCUCAUAUCGCUCCCGAGCUUGCCUCGUCGAAGCCCGGUGAGCUGAAGAGUAAAUCGCUACCUAAUCUGUCCACCGUUAUCAUCGAUAGUCAGAAGAGUUUACCAGGAGUAAUAAAAUUCAGUGAAAUGUUCGAGUUGGCCUCGGAACAGAGCAUUAGCAAGAUCGAAAUCAUGCAGUCGAAAAUAGUACCCGACAGUGGUGUCAAUCUUCAGUUCACCUCCGGCACCACAGGAGAACCGAAGGCCGCACUGAUGUCGCACUUUGGUUUCGUGAACAAUGGAAUCCACAUUGGCAACCGGAACGAGCUGGAUCAGAAAAUGCAUCGACUGUGUGUGCAGGUGCCACUGUUUCACGCAUUCGGUAUGGUCAUUGCGAUCAUGGCAGCACUUUCAUAUGGUUCCACUCUCGUCUUACCAACCGCAGGCUUCAAGGCGGCCGAUUCCUUAGCUGCUAUUGUACGUGAGAGAUGCUCCAUUAUUCUUGGUACACCGACCAUGUACGUGGACCUGGUAAGACGAAUCGUGGAAAGUGGAGCUAAGCUAGAAACUCCCGAGAUCGCCGUCACCGGUGGAGCCACCUGCUCACCGAAGCUGUUUGCCGACAUUAAACACACGCUAGGCGUGCGGAAGGUGAAAACUGUUUUCGGCAUGACCGAAACGACGGCCGUUAUCUUCCAAGCCCUUUUCGACGAAAGUCCGGAAGAUGUCCAGCAAACUGUCGGUCACAUUACGGAUCACUACGAGGCGAAGGUGAUCGGUCCGGACGGUCAUAUCGUACCGUUCGGAACGGCCGGCGAGCUAUGUGUGCGUGGAUACGGUACCAUGCUCGGUUACUGGGACGAUGAGAAGAAGACGAAGGAAACGAUCGGUCCGGAUCGAUGGUUACGAACAGGAGAUCAGUUCGUUCUUCGAGAGGAUGGUUAUGGGAAGAUCGUGGGUCGGCUAAAGGACGUAGUUAUUCGUGGAGGAGAAAACAUUUACCCGAAGGAAGUGGAAGACUUUCUUAAUACUUACCCAAAGAUUCUGGAAGCGCACUGUAUCGGAGUGCCCGACGAGCGUACGGGUGAGGAGCUGUGCGCAUACGUGCGGCUAAAGGAUUCCUCCGAUACGAUCGAUCGCGAGGAAAUAAAACGUUACUGCGAGGGAAAGUUAGCAUACUACAAGGUACCAAAGUAUGUUCGGAUCAUGAACGAUCUGCCAAAGACGACAUCGGGCAAGGUACGGAAGUUUAAACUGGCGCAACUUUUUGCAGCCGAACGAUAACAAACACUUUUUUAUGUAAAAUGAUUGUUCGCUUCAAUAAAAAUGGAACGGUGUUUUGUAAAAUCUACUAUGAAUAAUAAAAAAAAUCCCAAAUCGCGAUAUUAAAAAUUCACGACAACCACGUGGAACAAAAUUACA